CUUCUCCGCUUUCAGUAGAGUCAGCGUCGCUCUUGCCUCUCGGGGGUUUGCGUCCUGCUUUCCGAGGGUUUUUUCAUCGGAGGCCGUCGAUCGAAAAUGCCGAAGAGGGGAAAAGAGAGGGAGGAGGACGGGAACCCUAGCUCCGGCGACUCCGAUGGUGACGCGCCGGCGAAGAAGGGCGCCAAGCGGUCGUUUGGCGGCAGCAGCGACGACGGGGUCGUCGUCUGCGAGAUUUCGAGGAAUCGGAGGGUAUCGGUGAGGGUUUGGCAGGGUAAGCCGACGGUGGAUAUCCGCGAGUUUUACAUGAAAGAUGGAAAGCAGAUGCCUGGGAAGAAAGGCAUAUCUCUAUCUCUGGAUCAGUGGAAAAUUUUGCGUGACAAUUUGGAGAAAAUUGACAAGGCAGUGACGGAGAAUUCUUAGUGUAAGUGGACAUCUUUUUAGUCACAGAAUGGUUCUUAACGUUGAUUACAUUCUCAUGCCCUUUUAGGGCAAUGGAUGUGUUUUGUACCUUUCUCUCUAACCUGAUCCUUUUGAUAUGUCUGGAGGUAGCUUGAAGCUCUUGGUCUAUACUAGUUUGUUCAUGGUCUGUAUAUUAAGCUUUUGUUGCUAGACACAUUGCAGUGUUGUUCUUAUGUGCAAGUCAAGAUUUCUAGUGUAUGUAGUUGCAUAAUUUUAGUUGUAAUAGAAUAUGCUUCGUUUUUUUGCA